GGCCCCGGGGGCUGCCGAGGGUGGGGGCCAGGGUGGUCUCUCCGGGCGGGCGCCCCCUGUCCCCGGCCCCUCGGGGGAGUCCCGGCAGCGUCCCCGCCGAGAUCGGGGGUGGGUCGGUCCCUGGUUAGCUGGUCCCUCCCUCUUCCCCCUCCCCCUAGUGGUUUCCGGGGCCUGCGGGACCGAGGGGUGGGAAUCGGGGACCCGAGACCCUCGCCCCGGCCGGGAGCCGGGCUGGGCCUAGCGCCCCCGGGUCUGUCACCGGCAGGGGAAACUUUCCCCAACCGCACCGAGCUCCAACACCCUCCGCCGCCGCCGCGUCCUCGAAUCCCACUCCCACUCCACCUCCUCCAAUGCCUUCCCCUCCCACCGACCCGAAUCUCGCUGCGUGUGACGGAUGGGGCAGGGAGCCAAUCGAAGGUGUGGAUUUCUCUUGGAUUUGGCCACAGAUUUAUAGAUCUUCUGCACUGUAUACAGGUACAGUUGCUGAUAUGUGUUCAAGAUGAGUGGGAUGGGAGAAAACACCUCUGACCCGUCCAGGGCAGAGACAAGAAAGCGCAAGGAAUGUCCUGACCAGCUCGGACCCAGCCCCAAGAGGAGCACUGAGAAACGCAAUCGUGAACAGGAAAAUAAAUAUAUCGAAGAACUUGCAGAGCUGAUAUUUGCAAAUUUUAACGACAUAGACAACUUUAACUUCAAACCUGACAAAUGUGCAAUCUUAAAAGAAACUGUGAAGCAAAUCCGUCAGAUCAAAGAACAAGAGAAAGCAGCGGCUGCCAACAUAGACGAGGUGCAGAAGUCAGACGUGUCAUCCACGGGGCAGGGUGUCAUCGACAAGGAUGCGCUGGGGCCCAUGAUGCUGGAGGCCCUUGAUGGGUUCUUCUUUGUAGUGAACCUGGAAGGCAACGUUGUGUUUGUCUCAGAGAAUGUGACACAGUACCUAAGGUAUAACCAAGAGGAGCUGAUGAACAAAAGUGUAUAUAGCAUCCUGCAUGUUGGGGACCACACUGAAUUUGUCAAAAACCUGCUGCCAAAGUCUAUAGUGAACGGGGGAUCUUGGUCUGGCGAACCUCCCAGGCGCAACAGCCAUACGUUCAAUUGUCGGAUGCUGGUGAAACCUUUGCCUGAGUCUGAAGAGGAAGGUCAUGAUAACCAGGAAGCACAUCAAAAAUAUGAAACUAUGCAGUGCUUUGCUGUCUCUCAACCAAAGUCCAUCAAGGAAGAAGGAGAAGAUUUGCAGUCCUGCUUGAUCUGUGUGGCACGGAGAGUCCCCAUGAAGGAAAGACCGGUUCUUCCCUCAUCAGAAAGUUUUACUACUCGCCAAGAUCUCCAAGGCAAGAUCACAUCACUGGACACGAGCACCAUGCGGGCCGCCAUGAAGCCCGGCUGGGAGGACCUGGUGAGGAGGUGCAUUCAGAAGUUCCAUGCCCAGCACGAGGGGGAGUCUCUGUCUUAUGCCAAGAGGCAUCACCAUGAAGUGCUGAGACAAGGGUUGGCUUUCAGUCAGAUCUACCGUUUCUCCUUGUCCGACGGCACUCUUGUUGCUGCACAAACGAAAAGCAAGCUCAUCCGUUCUCAGACUACUAAUGAGCCUCAGCUUGUCAUAUCUUUGCAUAUGCUUCACAGAGAGCAGAAUGUGUGUUUAAUGAAUCCGGAUCUGACUGGACAAGCAAUGGGGAAGCCAUUGAAUCCAAUUAGUUCCAGCAGCCCUGCCCAUCAGGCCAUGUGCAGCGCGAACCCAGGUCAGGACAUGGCCCUUGGUAGCAAUAUGAAUUUCCCCAUAAACGGCCCCAAGGAGCAAAUGAGCAUGCCCAUGGGCAGGUUUGGUGGUUCCGGGGGACUGAACCAUGUGUCGGGCAUGCAAGCCACCACUCCUCAGGGUAGUAACUAUGCACUCAAAAUGAACAGUCCCUCACAGAGCAGCCCUGGCAUGAAUCCAGGCCAGCCCACCUCCAUGCUUUCACCGAGACAUCGCAUGAGCCCUGGGGUGGCUGGAAGCCCCCGAAUCCCACCCAGCCAGUUUUCCCCCGCAGGAAGCUUGCAUUCCCCCGUGGGAGUUUGCAGCAGCACAGGAAAUAGCCAUAGCUACACCAACAGUUCCCUCAACGCACUUCAGGCCCUCAGCGAGGGGCACGGGGUCUCUUUGGGGUCAUCGUUGGCUUCGCCGGACCUAAAAAUGGGCAAUUUGCAAAACUCCCCAGUGAAUAUGAAUCCUCCCCCACUCGGCAAGAUGGGGAGCUUGGACUCCAAAGACUGCUUUGGGCUGUAUGGGGAGCCCCCAGAAGGCCCAGCUGGCCAGGCAGAGAGCAGCUGCCAUCCUGGAGAGCAAAAGGACACCAGUGAGGCCAGUGGACCCCAGGGUGUGAGCAGCGAGCGAGCUGACGGGCAGAACAGACUGCAUGACAGCAAAGGACAGACCAAACUCCUCCAGCUGCUGACCACCAAAUCCGACCAGAUGGAGCCUUCGCCGCUGUCCAGCUCUUUGUCGGACACAAACAAGGACUCCGCGGGUAGCUUGCCCGGUUCCGGGUCGACACAUGGGACCUCGCUCAAGGAGAAGCAUAAGAUUUUGCACAGACUCCUGCAGGACAGCAGUUCUCCUGUGGACUUGGCUAAGUUAACAGCGGAAGCCACGGGCAAAGAGCUGAGCCAGGAGGCCAACAGCACAGCUCCUGGUUCGGAGGUGACUGUGAAACAGGAGCCAGUGAGCCCCAAGAAGAAAGAGAAUGCACUACUUCGCUAUUUGCUGGAUAAAGAUGAUACUAAAGACAUUGGCUUACCGGAAAUAACCCCCAAACUUGAGCGGCUGGACAGUAAGACGGACCCUGCCAGUAACACAAAGUUAAUAGCUAUGAAGACCGAGAAGGAGGAGAUGAGCUUUGAGCCUAGUGACCAGCCUGGCAGCGAGCUGGACAACUUGGAGGAGAUUUUGGAUGAUUUGCAGAAUAGUCAAUUACCACAGCUUUUCCCAGACACGAGGCCUGGCGCCCCUGCUGGAUCAGUUGACAAGCAAGCCAUCAUCAAUGACCUCAUGCAACUCACAGCUGAAAACAGCCCGGUUACACCUGUUGGAGCCCAGAAAACAGCACUGCGAAUUUCCCAGAGCACUUUUAAUAACCCACGACCAGGGCAACUGGGCAGGUUAUUGCCAAACCAGAAUUUACCACUUGACAUCACAUUGCAAAGCCCAACUGGUGCUGGACCCUUCCCACCAAUCAGAAACAAUAGUCCCUACUCAGUGAUACCUCAGCCAGGAAUGAUGGGUAACCAAGGGAUGAUAGGAAACCAAGGAAAUGUAGGGAACAGUAGCACAGGGAUGAUAGGUAGUAACGCCGCCCGGCCCACCAUGCCAUCUGGGGAGUGGGCACCGCAGAGUUCCGUGCGAGUCACCUGUGCUGCUACCGCCAGCGCCAUGAACAGGACGCUCCAAGGAGGUAUGAUUCGGAAUCCAGCCGCCAACAUCCCCAUGAGACCCAGCAGCCAGCCUGGCCAAAGGCAGAUGCUUCAGUCUCAGGUCAUGAAUCUAGGGCCAUCUGAGUUAGAGAUGAACAUGGGGGGCGCCCAGUAUAGCCAACAGCAAGCUCCUCCAAACCAGACCGCCCCGUGGCCUGAGAGCAUCCUGCCCAUAGACCAGGCCUCCUUCGCCAGCCAGAGCAGGCAGCCGUUCGGCAGCUCCCCCGAUGACCUGCUGUGCCCACACCCUGCCGCCGAGUCUCCCAGCGACGAGGGCGCCCUCCUGGACCAGCUCUACCUGGCCUUGCGGAACUUCGAUGGCCUGGAGGAGAUUGACAGAGCUUUGGGAAUUCCCGAACUGGUCAGCCAGAGCCAGGCAGUCGAUCCGGACCAGUUCUCGAGCCAGGACUCCAACAUGAUGCUGGAGCAGAAGGCGCCCGUCUUCCCCCAGCAGUACGCGUCUCAGGCCCAGAUGGCCCAGGGGAGCUAUUCUCCCAUGCAGGACCCCAACUUCCACAGCAUGGGGCAGCGGCCCAGUUACGCCACACUCCGCAUGCAGCCCAGACCCAGCCUCAGGCCCACAGGCCUGGUGCAGAACCAGCCGAAUCAGCUGAGGCUCCAACUGCAGCAUCGCCUCCAAGCACAGCAGAAUCGCCAGCCCCUUAUGAAUCAAAUGAGCAAUGUGUCCAAUGUGUCCAACCUGACUCUGAGGCCUGGAGUACCAACACAGGCACCUAUUAAUGCCCAGAUGCUGGCCCAGAGGCAGCGGGAGAUCCUGAACCAGCAUCUCCGCCAGAGACAGAUGCAUCAGCAACAGCAAGUUCAGCAAAGGACUUUGAUGAUGAGAGGCCAAGGGUUGAAUAUGACAUCAAGCAUGGUGGCUCCUAGUGGGAUGCCCGCAACUAUGAGCAACCCCCGGGUCCCCCAGGCAAAUGCACAGCAGUUUCCAUUUCCUCCAAACUACGGAAUAAGUCAGCAACCUGAUCCCGGUUUCACUGGGGCUACCACACCCCAGAGCCCUCUGAUGUCACCCCGAAUGGCGCACACGCAGAGCCCCAUGCUGCAGCAGACCCAGGCCAGCCCCGCCUAUCAGGCCUCCUCCGACAUGAACGGAUGGGCACAGGGGUCCAUGGGUGGGAACAGCAUGUUUUCACAGCAGUCCCCACCUCACUUUGGGCAGCAAGCAAACACCAGCAUGUACAAUAACAAUAUGAACAUCAAUGUAUCCAUGGCAACCAACACAGGUGGGAUGAGCAACAUGAACCAGAUGACAGGACAGAUCAGCAUGACCUCAGUGACCUCCGUGCCUACGUCAGGGCUGUCCUCCAUGGGUCCCGAGCAGGUUAAUGACCCUGCUCUGAGGGGAGGCAGCCUUUUCUCAAACCAGCUGCCUGGAAUGGAUAUGAUUAAGCAGGAGGGAGACGCAUCACGGAAAUACUGCUGACACUGAAGGUAGCUGGUUGCUUCUUUCUUCAGCUGACUGGGCUCACUUGCUCACAACACUUCCUGGUCUGGGAUGGAGAGCUGCGUCUAUUUGUUUUGACCCCACCGGCCUGCCA